AUGAUUACUCAAACAUGGAGAAAAUAUUUUGAAUUUUCAUCGAUUGAAAAAAAUCGAACUAAUGGAUUAUGUAAAUUAUGCAAUCGAAACUACAAAGAUCAAAAUGGUAUUUUUAGCAACUUUCUCAAACAUUUAAAACGAGCACAUUCAACUGAAUAUGAUCAAAUUUUCAAUCCUGAAGAUAGCUUUUCAUCGGAACAAAAACAUGUUAAUAAUGAUAAUAUACCAUCAACCGAUUCAACAAGAUCAACACAUAGGCAAAAUCGUAUUAUAUUAUCUACAACUAAAAAUUUAAUCAUUCGAUGCAAUUUACCAUUAAAUAUAGUGGAAUGUGCUGGCUUUCGAGAUUUUAUGAAAGAUUGCUGCUCCAAGUAUGAACCUAUGUCAGCAAAAAAAAUCAAACGUGAUAUUAUACCUUCACUUGUGAACGAUGUGUUCGAAACAAUUCAUGAAACACUGAAAAAAAUUGAUUAUUUGUCAUUAACCAUUGAUGGAUGGUCUGAUCGACGUUGUCGUUCUUUUUUAGGCAUUACAUGCCAUUUUCUUGAUCACAAAAUGAUGUCACAAGCUUAUUUACUCGAUUUUGUUCGAUUUAAAUCUCCACAUACCGGUGAAAAUAUUAAACAAUUAACUGAAGAUGUACUCGAACGAUUUGAGAUCAAGGAAAAGGUUUUCAAAAUAAUUACUGAUAAUGCAUCAUCAAUGAUUAAAGCAUAUAAAUUCGGUUUAUUUGGUGAUGAAGCAGCUGAUGAACAUGGUGAUACAAGUGGUUCAAUGUCGGAAGUGGUAUCAGUAUUUGAUGAUUAUGAUUAUGAUCAUGAAUUAAACGAUAUUCAAAUGAUUGAUAUAAAUCAUGAUGAAGAUAAUGAUGAUCCUGAAGGUACAACAAAUGUUCGUUUAUCAUGCUUUGCACAUACAAUGCAAUUAUGUGUGCGUGAUGGUCUAAAAAACUCAUCCAAUAUAACAAGAGUGCUUAAUAAAUGUCGAGUGCUUGCGAAGUUCUCGCACAAAUCGUCCAAAAUGAGCGAUUUACUUGAUGAAAUUAAUAAACAUAUUAAUAAAAUGAAUGUUACAAGAUGGAAUAGUGAAUAUUUACUGAUAAAAUCUAUUCUGUCUAUUGGAAAAAAUGAUUUGGAAUCUAUAACCAAACUAAUGGAUAAUUCAAUUAAAUUUUCAAAUAAUGAUCUUAUAGUCUUGGAAGAAAUUGUUGAUGUGUUAGAACCAUUUUACGAAAUUUCCAUCAAGUGUCAAGCUGAAACAAUAGUUACUGCAAGUAUGGUGGUACCAGCGGUCGUACAUCUAUUAUCUCAUUUACGUGAUAUGAAAGAAAAUAUUUUAUUUUGUACAAAACUUGUUCAACAACUCCAGAUAUCACUUGAAACACGCUUUUCUGGUAUAAUAAAGCGACUAAAUCAAAAUGAUAUUGAAGAAAAUGAUCCAUUUGGUGAUCCAGUAUAUUUCAUGGCAGCUGUAUUAGAUCCUGCAUUCAAAUUCUAUUGGAUUCGGGACUUAAAAUUACCAGCAAAUGCUGAAAAUCGUUUAAAACAAAGUAUAAUUCAAUUUAUUCUCGAUGAUAUUAGCAAAGAUACAACAACAUCAUCAAAUAUUUUAACUGAUCAAAAAGCUGAUCAAAGUUUUUCAUCAUUAUCAUUAUCAUUAUCGUCAUCGUCAUCGCAAUCAUCAACACCAAAGCCAAAAAAACGAAAGUUAUUUAAUUAUUCUGAUAGUAAUAAUGAUGAAUCAAAUAAUUCAACAUCGAUGGAUGCUGCUAAUGAAUUAGAAGUAUAUUUAAAUGAUCCUUUGAGAUCCAGAUUUUCUGAAUAUUGGUUAAAUACUCGUUUGAAUAAUCUAAAAAAAUUAGUGCUACGCAUUUUUUCUGUUCAAGCUUCUUCUGCACCAGUAGAACGCGUCUUUUCACAUGCUGGUGUAAUUUUAUCUUCAAGACGAACACGCAUGAAUGAACAAUUAUUCAAAGAUUUGUUAUUCUUAAAAAUUAAUCAACAUUUAUUGUAAAGUAUCUCAUGAUCUUAAUUGUUUUUAUCAGCUGCUUUUUGUUCUCAGUCAUUCAUAUUGUUCUUUAUUCAGUUUUUUAGUCACUUAUUUUUACUCAUUUAUUUUUACUUGCUUAUCUUUACUUAUUUUUUUGUAUCAAGAAAAAGUUAUUGUGCUAGACGGUGCCUAAUUUUUUCUUAAUAAAACUUCUAUUCCUCGAUCGCCAAUAGUACUCUUAAUAUUUUGUCCAAUAUUUUAAGAAUAUUAUGCAUCAAAUUCUUUUCUAAAUAAAAUCUAACAAAGUCACAUGUACAUACAAGGAGCAACAUCCGAAAAGAAAUUAAAUCUUUGCAAAGUAUCUUGCCCAACUACAUUCAAAUAAACAAACACGAUUCGAAACUCAGUAGAAAUAAUCUACAAUGAAGAAAAUCCAAGUACAAUUGUACUUAGUACCGAUACUCAAGUAAAUUCGUACUCAGUAUAAG